AUUCAAGUUUGUGUAGGUGGUUCCACGACGGAGUGAAUUCCAUUGAGUCACGACUCACAAAUAUGGUUAACCUCCGUUUGCCGAUCAUGGGACCGAAUUACAAAAUGCAUUUAUACUGCGGCUAACCUUCCUAGUGUCAAGACCUUUUUCUCGUCCCCUUCCUAGUCUUUACUGCACGAUUGAAAUGACAUCGAGACCUGACAGCUUUGCAGAGGUCUCUUUGGCUACUCCCGACACUCCUUUGAAUAACAAUCAACAACUUUGGAUUUCAACACCCGAAACAUCAACUACUCCCCGCGACUCCUUCAUCAACACCUCAUGCAAUUCUUCUCCACUAUUACCAUCUCAACAUCCAGAUCUCUAUGGGGAGGAAAUUAAAUCCUCGCAUCCUUCAAAAAAGGGUGCUGCAUAUGUACGCCCCGUGCUGUUGUUUCUCUCUGCGGUUCUGGCGGCAGUUGCGGUGGUGGUACCAGUCUACUUUCUUGUGAUCAAACAUCAGCACCAAGAGUCAGACAUGACCAAAGGAACCAGUUCUCCGGUCCCUUCGUCCAUUGGCCCUAAUGCCGGUCUAACAUACGGGGGAAAUGGUUCUACGGUUACGACCUCGGAUGGAUCGACUUUCACAUACAUAAAUCCUUUCGGAGGUUACUGGAUAGAUGAUCCUAAUGAUCCGUUCAACAAUAAUGCACGUUCUAACUCAUGGACGCCACCGCUGAAUGAAAGUUGGGUCUGGGGCACAAAUAAAGUAAACGGCGUAAAUAUCGGCGGCCUCUUUGUUCUUGAGCCGUUCAUUUCACCUGCUCUAUUCGAGAGGUAUCCAGAAGCCAUCGAUGAGUGGUCACUAAGUACACUCAUGGCCGCAGAUACUACCAAUGGCGGAUUGAAUCAGAUUGAGGAGCAUUACAAGACGUUUAUCACCGAACAGGACAUCGCCGAAAUCGCUGGUGCUGGGUUGAAUUGGAUACGUUUGCCCAUACCUUUUUGGGCUAUCGAGAAGUGGGAUUCUGAGCCUUUCCUCGAGCAGGUUUGCUGGCCCUAUAUAUUACGAGUCCUUCAAUGGGCACGGAAGUAUGGCCUUCGAGUCAAUCUUGAUCUUCAUACGAUUCCUGGCUCUCAGAAUGGUUUCAACCACUCCGGCAAGUUUGGGCAGAUCAACUUUCUCAACGGAGUCAUGGGCGUUGCGAACGCGCAACGUGCUCUCGGUUACAUCAGAAUCAUUGCUGAAUUCAUUUCGCAGCCUGAAUGGAGGAACGUUGUGCCGGUCUUUGGUAUCAUGAAUGAAGCUAGGGUUGCUGUCAUCGGCAUGGAUCAGAUGACAUCGUUCUACAUGCAGGCCCACGAUAUGAUUCGCAAUAUCACAGGUUAUGGGGAAGGCAAUGGGCCGUAUAUCGCAAUCCACGAUGGCUUCCAAGGUCUUUCAUCAUGGGCAGGGUUCUUGGAGGGAUCUGAUCGGAUCAUCUUGGACAGUCACCCUUACUUCGCGUUCGACGGUCAGUCUACUAGCUCGCCCAUUGCGACUGGUACUGGGCUGGGUGCUGGCGGCAUUUGGCCAACUUCAGCUUGUUCGAGGUGGGCGACUGGGAUGAAUGCUAGUCAAACAGCAUUUGGCGUCACCCUCGCUGGCGAAUUUAGCAAUGGCUUCAAUGAUUGCGGGCUGUACCUCAGCGGGGUGAACAACGCAAAUGACGUGGCGCCGUCAUGCUCCCUCUUUUUAGACUCGUCCCAGUGGAAUGAUACCAUGAAGGCCGGGCUCCAGCAAUUCGCACUGGCGAGCAUGGACGCCCUUCAGGACUGGUUUUUCUGGACGUGGAAGAUUGGGCCGUCGUCUAACAAUACGAUCGCGUCUCCACUGUGGUCCUACCAGCUAGGGCUACAACAAGGAUGGAUGCCCGCUGAUCCUCGCAUGGCUACUGGGACUUGCGCUGCACUCGGCGUCACCGCUCAACACUUCGACGGCGUUUAUCAGCCUUAUCAGACCGGUGGGCCUGGUGCGGGAACAAUCAAUCCUGUCUUAGUGUCUUCGUACGGCCAGUAUCCUCCCACAUCUAUUGCUGGGCUUGCUGCAGGAGCUACACAAUCCUUGCUUCCUACUUACACGUCGACAAGUGCCAUCCCGAAGCUGCCGCCACCUACCUUUGCACCAAGUCCUCCGAGUUCGGUCACUAUCGGGAACGGAUGGUUUGAUUCGUCCGAUACUAGUCUCGCUGCCACACAAGUCGCCGGGUGUACAUACCCUGAUGCAUGGAAUGCCAUCAAUGCCCCAAUGCCCACUGCCCUUUGUCCUCCCACCGCAAGUGCUAGCGCCAGCGCAGUUGUCACCUCUGCCCCUGCAAUCGUGACUUCAUCUUGAUUUCCGACUCGUGGACUUCAGGCAUUCUUACUGGGGCAUAGAACGAUCAAGAUAGUUUGCAAAGGGUCCCCGAAAUUCCCUAAUGACAUGAGUACACUAGCUUGAAUACAUCUAAUUUGAGAUUCAAAAUCACAUACCCCGCUAUUCCCUA